AAAGACGGCCGGGCGACUGGGCGAGCGCUCUCCCUCUUUCCAUAUCUUUUUCCCAAGCAGAAAGGAGUCCCGCCCUCCCGCUCGCUUCCGUCCUCCUCUCCAUCGAAACCCCACCGACCGAACCUUCGUCCUGAUCCGAGCUUUCUGAAUCAUUCCACCAUCGUCGUCUCGAUUUCUCCAAGGUUUCCGCUUUCAGCGGUAUUGGUCUGGUGUCCAUGGAGGUUUCCGCGACUGCGGAACCCCUAAUACCACAGGCUCUGGAGAUUGCGGCCUCUAUAGAGGAAAAUUCGCUUGAGUUCGAGCUUCUCUAGCCGGGGGCGUUCUGGCUUGGAAUCUAUGUUUUCGGUUGGUGCUGAUGUGAAUUGCGCCGCCCAACGUUGGAUUGGGGCUGGCGUUUCUUGUUCCUGGAAUGUUGGUGGCGCGGGAUUCUUCUGGGUUAGCUCUAUCGGAGGUUGGUUGGCGUUCCCCUCUUGUUUGCCCUGGCAAAUUAGGAGGUGGAGGCAUCGGGUAUAGGAGAAGGAGAAGAAAAAGAUUGAGUUUUGGAUUUGGUUUGGGUGAGUUUCGGAGGAGUGGAUGGCAAUGCGAGGCGUGCAUAUCUCCAGCUGAGAAUAAAAAUUCAAAUUUAGACAUUAAGUUCUUGAAAUCUACCAAGAAAAGUGCGAGAGCUCAGAAGCAAAUUGUCACGAAACAGUUCUCUAAUGAACUGGAUUACGAGGAUUCUGAGCGGAUGCAGAUGGCAUCCAGCUUCACAAACUACCAAGAAGAUCCAUUGGUGGAUAAAUUGAGGACUCAGCUCGGAGUGAUACAUCCCAUCCCAUCUCCUCCCAUCAACAGGAGCAUUGUCGGCUUCUUUGUAUUCUUCUUCUUUGUUGGAGUUAUCUUUGACAAGAUUUGGACGUUUAGGAAGAGGAAUAAAUCAAGCCAGGAUGUACGGAAUGGUACGUGGCCUCAGGUGCCGACUAGCUUCUCUCUGUUUCUGGAGAAAGAUCUUCAGAGGAAAGAGUCUGUUGAGUGGGUCAACAUGGUCUUGGGGAAGUUAUGGAAGGUGUACAGGUCUGGACUUGAAAAUUGGAUCAUUGGAUUGGUCCAGCCAGUAAUAGACGACCUCAGGAAGCCUGAUUAUGUGCAGAGGGUCGAAAUUAAGCAGUUCUCACUGGGGGAUGAACCAUUGUCCGUUAGGAAUGUUGAACGGAGGACUUCUCGCCGUGUUAAUGACUUGCAGUAUCAGAUUGGCCUUCGUUAUACAGGGGGUGCUCGCAUGUUGUUGUCCCUAUCCUUAAAAUUUGGUAUUGUCCCCAUAGUUGUACCUGUUGGAGUUCGUGAUUUUGAUAUUGAUGGGGAGCUUUGGGUUAAGCUAAGAUUAAUACCAACAGAGCCUUGGGUGGGUGCAGCAUCAUGGGCUUUUGUCUCCCUUCCAAAGAUUAAAUUUGUACUGUCACCAUUCCGUUUGUUCAACCUUAUGGCAAUUCCUGUUCUAUCAAUGUUCCUGACGAAGCUUCUAACUGAAGAUUUGCCUCGACUUUUUGUGCGUCCAAAAAAAAUUGUCCUUGACUUUCAGAAAGGAAAAGCACUGGGCCCUGUUUCACAUGAUUUUAAAGCUGACACAAUUCAGGAAGGAAAUAAAGAUUUUGUUGGAGAGUUAUCAGUGACUCUAGUUGAUGCUCAGAAACUUGCUUAUGUCAUAUUUGGGAAGACAGAUCCAUAUGUUGUUUUAAGUUUGGGCAAUCAGGUGAUUCGAAGUAAGAAAAAUAGCCAGACAACAGUCAUUGGGCCACCUGGAGAGCCCAUCUGGAAUCAGGAUUUUCAUAUGCUUGUUGUGAACCCUAGGAAGCAGAAAUUAUAUAUUGAAGUAAAGGACUUCUUUGGUUUCAUGGAUUUCACUAUUGGCGCAGGCGAGGUUGAGCUAGGAUCUCUUCAAGAUACAGUACCAACAGACAGAAUUGUAGUUUUACAAGGAGGUUGGGGAUUGUUUAGGAACCGAUCUUCUGGGGAAAUACUAUUACGCCUCACAUACAAGGCAUAUGUUGAGGAUGAAGAAGAUGAUGGUGUAGAAAUAGAAUAUGUAGAUGGUGAUGCAUCUGAUGAUGAGAUACUAGACUAUGAACAUGCAAAUGGCACAUCUGGACAAAGUAAAAAUGACCCUGAUGAAAAAGAAAGAGAAUCAUUUAUGGAUGUCCUAGCAGCUCUGCUUGUAAGUGAGGAAUUUCAAGGCAUAGUGGCAUCUGAAACAGGAAUUCCAAAAAUUUCUGAGGAGCCCAGUUAUCCAGAAUCAACGAUAUCAAGAGCCCGUGGUUGUAAUGAUGAGACCUCACCUCUUGAACCUGAUAGUGUUUCAAGUGGUGUCAGAGAGUCGACAUUAGUAUGGCUUGCUGUGAUAACAAGUAUAGCUGUGCUGAUUUCUAUUAAUGUUGGUGGUUCGAGUUUCUUCAAUCCAUGAUUUCAUUCAAAAAUACCUGCCCGGCAAUAACAUUUCAGGGUAGAGUGAUAAUCAAGUAAUACAAUUUUUUCUUGUGACUGCUAUCUGUCUUCCUUUCUGGUGUAAAUUCAGCUUACGAGCAGAGGAACAUGCUUGAGGUGGCACCCUUCCCCCGGCUUAUUUUUCCCUGAUGUUUAUAAUUUUGUUAUCCAUACCUCAUGUCCAUAUGCCAUAGCAAUUGUAUUUCUGAAUUUUCUCAGCUCUGUCAAUGCUUAACAGAAAAAGCAUUAGUUUAUGGUUGGUUUUUUUUUGUGCAGAAAUCUGGGCAAUAAAUUCUGUCGAUAAUUUAUGUUCUUUGACUUCUCUGA